AUGCUUUUUUUUUUCUUUUCUUUCUUUCUUUUUUUCUUUCUUUUCUUUCUUUUUCUUUUCUUUCUUUCUUUCUUUCUUUCUUUUCCCUACAUUUUUUUUUUUUUCUUUCUUUUCUCUACAUUCCUUUCUUUCUUUUCUUCUUCUUACUUUCUUUCGUUUCUCCACAUGUCCUUCUUUCUUUCCUUCUUUCUUUUCUCUAGAUUUUUCCUUUUAUUCUGUCUUACAUUCUUUUCUCCAUAUUGCUUUUUUUCUUUCUUUUCUCGUACUACUUUCUUUUAUUCUAUAUUUGUUUCUUCGUUCUUUUUAUCUCCAUGUUUCUUUCUUUCUUUCUUUCUUUCUUUCUUUCUUUCUUUCUUUCUUUCUUUCUUUUCCCUACAUUUCUUUUUUCUUUCUUUUCUCUACAUUCCUUUCUUUCUUUUCUUCUUCUUACUUUCUUUCGUUUCUCCACAUGUCCUUCUUUCUUUCCUUCUUUCUUUUCUCUUUAUUUUUUUUCUUUUUUUCAUAUUUAUUUUUAAUUUUUCCUUUUCUCCACAUUUUUCCCUAUAUUUCUUUCUUUUGUUUCUGUUUCUUCGUUUCUAUUUUCUAUAUUUUCUUGUUUCUUUCUCUCUUUCAUUCCUUAUUUUCUCCACAUUUUUUCUUUCUUUUCUUCAUAUUUCUUUGUACAUUUUCUUUUUCCUGAUAUCUUUUUAUUUAUUCUUACCUUCUUUCUAUUUUCUUUCUUCUUUUUUCGAUAUGUUUAGUUCUUUCUUUCUUUCUUUUUCUUUCUUUCUUACUCCACAUUUCUUUUUCUCUCCAUAUUUCCUUUUUCUUUUACCCAAUUUCAUUUUUUAUUCUUUCUUUCUUUCUUUCUUUCUUUCUUUCUUUUAUCCACGCUUCUAUCUUUCUUUCUUUCCCAUAAUUUACUUCUCUUUCCCUAAUUUCACCUAA